AUAUAUAUAUAUAUAUGUGUAUGUGUGUCACAAUUUUCUGGUUUUGGAAGCGCUGGAGAGGUUUUUCUCUCCGCUUUUUUCUCUUUAAUCACGGCGGCGGCUGUAGAUUCAGAGACUUGGGCCGUUUUUAAAACGUUACGUUUCGGGAGUUGGACGAAUAUAAACCUUUUCGCUUUGGGGAUUGUGAAAGAAAUUGCGGGUUUGUGGAAGCCGGGCCUCUGGCGGAGCAGUGUAAGGCCCUCCUGUGUGAACCAGCAACAGCCAUUCUAAUCCAGCUAGCGACGAAAGAGCGAGAGAAGGGGAGCCGCAGAAAUCAGAGCAAAAGGAAGACAGAGUGGGACAUAACCAUUUCCAGCCAAGGAGCCAACAAUACUUUAUUAAUAAAAUCGCCCAACAGACUAUCAUGGCAAUGGCUGGGAUCAUCAAAGAAAUCGUUAGCAGAAACAAAAGGAGAUACCAGGAAGAUGGAUUCGAUUUGGACUUGACUUAUAUUUAUCCUAACAUUAUUGCCAUGGGAUUCCCUGCCGAAAGACUUGAAGGUGUCUACAGAAACAACAUAGAUGAUGUAGUACGGUUUCUGGAUUCAAAACAUAAAGAUCAUUACAAGAUAUAUAAUCUAUGCGCAGAAAGACAUUAUGAUGCUAACAAAUUUAACUGCAGAGUUGCACAGUACCCCUUUGAAGACCACAAUCCACCCCAGCUAGAGCUUAUUAAACCUUUUUGUGAAGAUCUUGACCAAUGGCUGAGUGAAGAUGACAAUCAUGUUGCAGCAAUUCACUGCAAAGCUGGAAAGGGACGAACGGGUGUAAUGAUAUGUGCUUAUUUGCUACACCGAGGCAAAUUUCUAAAAGCACAAGAAGCACUAGAUUUUUACGGUGAAGUGAGGACCAGAGACAAAAAGGGAGUGACAAUUCCCAGUCAGAGGCGUUAUGUAUAUUACUACAGCUUCCUGUUGAAAAACAAGCUGGACUACAAACCAGUGGCAUUGUUAUUUCACAAGAUGGUGUUUGAAACUGUUCCCAUGUUCAGUGGUGGAACAUGUAGGGAUACUACAGUUAAAAACAAGAGUGAGCAGAUUCCUCAUGGUUUCAGAAAAGGGAAUUGGCACUGGGAUCCUCAGUUUGUGGUUUAUCAGCUUAAAGUGAAGAUCCACACCUCAAAUCCAGCACACACAAGACGUGAAGAGAAGUACAUGGUUUUCGAGUUUCCACAACCAUUACCAGUGUGUGGCGACAUCAAGGUGGAGUUUUUCCACAAACAGAACAAGAUGAUGAAGAAGGAUAAAAUGUUUCACUUCUGGGUCAACACAUUCUUCAUCCCUGGACCGGAACACAAUUCAGAGAAAGUAGAAAAUGGAAGCUUAGUUGGAGUAAAAGAACUUGAUGGAAUUCAGAGUACAGAACGAGAAGACGACAAGGAGUAUCUUAUCCUCUCAUUGACGAAAAAUGACCUAGACAAAGCAAAUAAAGACAAAGCCAACAGAUCCUUCUCUCCAAACUUCAAGGUGAAGUUGUAUUUUACAAAAACAGUGGAGGAGUCAUCAAAUUCAGAGGCCAGCACAUCAACUUCAGUAACACCGGACGUUAGUGACAAUGAACCUGAUCACUAUAGAUACUCGGACACCACUGACUCUGAUCCAGAAAAUGAACCUUUUGAUGAAGAUAGACAUACACAGAUAACAAAAGUCUGAAAUAUUUUUAUGGGGGGGGGGGGGGGGAACAAAACUAAACCACAAGAGAAAAGGAAAAAAACUUGAAUAUAAACUGAAAAGCAAGUACCUUUUUAAAAUGGCAAUAGGACAUUGUGUUUAGUAAAAUGCUAUCAAUUAUAGGAACAAUUCUCUUUUCCUGACCAAUUUUGUCUUGCCCCAUACAUCCACAAGGUUUUAACACUUGUCCAGUGGAAAAAGGUUGUGUAAUGUUAUGUAUAGACCUUUUUGUGUCAAAAGGACAGUUGAAAAAGAAACUCACAUCCAGAGAUGAGAUGGCACUUUCCCAUUUAAUUCCAGUUUUAUUAGGUGGAGACAGUUCUGGUGUGUACGUAGGAGUAUAUUUCCUGUUGUGUUCCGUCACCAACUGUAGGUGCUAAAAUGCUAACCAGGGUUCAUGUCCUACCCCACUUCAUUCCCACACAACACAAAUGACCAUGUUACGGUUGGCUAGAAGAAUUGCUGAAAAAGGUUUGCUACAUUUAAUGGAAGCAAUUUGUAUAAGGGAUGGCAAGAGCACAUUUUGAAAGUGUUGGGGGGGGGGGGGGGGGGGGGGGGGGAUGGUCUUUGCUGGUUUAUGCACCACCUCCAGCUACAGAAAUGCACCUUUCUAGCUUGUGACGGUAAUGAAUCCUUGGAUGAUUAUGGAAUCAGCUGCUGCUUUUUGUUUUGUGCUUUUCUUUUUUUUUUCUUCAAAAAGCAAUGGUGCUAGAAAAGGCAGCUAGAGGGAGCGAUUCUUUUUAAAUGGAGUGGAGGAGGAGGGAAUACACAAAUUGCAUUUAAGAAAUGCUGCUCCAUCUACGCUGUAAAAACAAGGCCAGUGCUUUUGUCGGUCACGUUUUAUAUUCUUUUUUCCGCCCAGUUUUACCUACUGUGAAUGCUUAAUGUGCUGUUUGCAGGCUGUUUCCCAUAAUGUGUAAUUAUGCAGUGAAGUUCUAGUCUAGCAGUUUCUUUUUUUUUUUUUGGCUUUAUGGCAUCUAAGCAUUUUCCAUUCCUUCUACCACUGUGUAUUCUGUUAAGUAUGCAGGAAAACAGUAUCCCAUGUAAAUGUCAAUGUGUUCUUUUUUUAAUAAUAAAAUGAUACACAAAACAGCAGGGAAAACCAGUGUUGCAAUAAUGUUAACACUAUUCAUUUGAAAAGGCUAAUCGUAUGUUAUUGGCAUUAGUGUCCAUGUCCUUUUUUUUAUUUUUUUUUAAAUUUUUUAUAUACAUUGUUCUACAUAGAUUUCUAAUCUGUCAUUUGAACUGUAUUAAGCCAGAAGUUCAUUCAAAAAUAGCAUUAAGUCCCAUGGAGUCUGGCAGAUAUGGUAAAGAACAGGACAGUCAAAUCCUAAUAGGAUUGCUCUAUGUAAUAAGUGAGUUUCACUGUUCUCCUUGGUUAAUAAUAAACUGAGGAUGUGCUCAAUGUUCAGUGUUCAUCUUAUGAAAAUUAACCUUAUUGGGGUUUAUGGUAUGAAUAGGUAACUACUUCAGGCAAAGGGCAAAUUAACUUUGGAUCUGAUUUAGGUACUCUGGGAUUUCAGAUGUUUGGCUCCCAAAGUCAACUGUGUUUGUAGCCUUAUUGUGUAAGGUCUAACUAGAUCUAGAUCCUUUUGUAUAUCAAACAAUGGUGCUUACAAACUGCCAAACAGCAAAUGUUAAAUAGCUAAUAAACAAGAGCCAAGAAUCUCUGCCCAACAUACAUUGCAAGUAGCAUUAGUGACAUACACACGUGUGUGUGAGAGAGAGAAAGAUGUCCCAAGCAAUACAAUGUGCUCCUUGCUUGUAUUUGUACAAUCCAAAAACGUAGGGGUCUGUGACAAUGAAUAGGUUUAACAUGUUUUCAGUCAGUUUGGAGGAGGGAUAGUGCAAGUGUAGAUUUCAGGAAGUCUCUUGCUUGCUUUAUACAUGCCCUUUUAUGAAGACUAUAUAUAUAUAUAUAUAUAUAUAUAUAUAUAUAUAUAUAUAUAUAUAUAUAUAUAUAUAUAUAUAUAUAUAUAUAUAUAUAUAUAUUAUAAUAAAUAAAUACAAAAUUACACACUAGAACUGAAAUCAAGAUGUCUCGCCUAUUAGCGUGCAGGACAGACCAAAAACACUUUCUUGGGCAGCAACAUUUGGCGAGGGUUGUAAGCUGCCUUUUGCACUACUAAAUGUGACACUGCUGUGUACAACUCUACAUGCUCUGUUCCCUGGGUAUUUAUAGUGAGGGAGGAGUGUAUUUAUUUAGAUAAGAGCAAAUAUACUUGUUGACUCAAGCCAACCCUUUAAUAUAAAAUACAUUUUAGAUUUUUUUUUUUUCUGUUUACAUCUUCCAGCACCACAGAAAACCUGCCAAAAUGCCAAUGUGCAUAUUCAUGAUUUGUUUUUGUUUGCUUUGUACUGUAUUUGUACCCCCCCCCCCCCCCCCUUCUCCCAUAUAAACUAGAUAAAUCAUGGAAUGUUUUUUGGGGAUGGCCUACUGGAGAUUUCCUUUGCCUUUACAUGUUGAUGGUGCUUACACUUCUACUGCUUUGGAACUGCUCUACUUUUCUGCCCAAGCAUGACCUAUAUAAUGUUUCGGAUGCUAUUGACUGGGUUAAGGUCACUACAUAUUCUUAAAAGCUUUUGCACUGUGCCAGGUUUUGAGGGUCUCAGUCAGGGGUCCAUAAAUGAGUGUCACUUAAAAUUGUCCAACAGGCCUUGUGAGAUGGAGGUGAAACUAAAUAGUAUUGGUGCAUCACCCCCCCAUUCUGUUUUUAUAUAGUGUCGGUAUACAGUACUCGACCUCAGCAUCGCCCCCCCCCCCCCCCAACCAACACACACACAGAACCAAAUGCCUUUUUCUUUGACUUUGUUUUCUUUUUAUUUACUUAACGGUAUUCUGGUAAAUGCAUUCUGUAGGUAUUCUUUCUCCUUUUCUUCAGUUUCUGGACUGUAAUCUUAAUACUUUUGGAUGUUCAGCAGCUUAAAUAUAUGAAACUGUUCAAGGGCAUCACUGUUAAGGAGCUUACUGUUAGGUCCCAGGCCAUCCCUAAUCGUCUGUAGCCCCACUUUGGAAAGAUUUGCCGCAGUACCUUAAGAGAAGAAAACAGAAAAUAAAACUCCUGACAGCCUUAGAGGCCAUUAACUGUGGCACAGGUUAUAAAACUUGAGUGGAGUUCACAGGCAGCAUCACAAUUAAGUUUCAGCUUUAAAAUAUUCAUAAAGGUGCCAGUGUGCAAGUUUUCAUGUCACUAGUUUCCAGCAGAUUUGUGCAAUAUGUUUUAACAAUGCCUGUGGUUGCCACAAAGUGCCUCUUGUUUACUGUUAAAAUACUGUUGUCAUGCAUGCAGAUGGACGGGUGGAACUGCACUAAAUUAAAGGGGCUUUAACUGCAGUGUUGGGCAGAGCUGCCUGCUGCUCUGCCCAUUCAGUUUUGGGUUUCUUUUCAUGUAGAGUAUGUAUACUCAAUAUAUUUUCAGUCUGUUAUAAUAAAUUUAAAAAAAAAAAAAAAAAAAAAAAAGCCUUAUUCCAUUUCAGCCUGUUCUGAAUACUAUUGUGCUGUGCAACAGUCGCUCUGUGUGUAAUGCUAUGCACUGAGAAUACACAACCAACAAACCGAUGUAUAAAAUUGUGUAAUGAUGCUCAUACAAAUCAGAUGUCCAUUUGUUAUUGUAUGUGUUUAACUACCCUUUAUCUUAGUGUUAUAAACUCCACUUAAAACCAAUUAAAGUCUCAUUCUUGUCA